CAGUCCCAAUGGAGGAAGUUCACGGUGUUCUCGGCAAGAAGCAGAAUCUGCCCUGUGAUAUUAGGACGAGGGAUAGAGACGAUGCCGUUGCCAUGGUAUUGUGGUUUAAGGAAACCGUCAGCGAGCCGCUCUAUAGUUUUGACGUCAGAGGCAGACAGUUUUCUCAGGCGAAGCUCUAUUCGUCACCAGAUAUACUUGGACCAAGAGCAUUUUUCAGAGCUGUCACCACACCAGCUGCACUAGUAAUUGACAAUAUUAAACUUUCCGAUGAAGGAGUAUACAGAUGUCGAGUGGACUUCAAAAACUCUCCUACAAGGAAUAGCAAAGUUAACUUCACAGUUAUCAUACCCCCUAAAAAAAUUUUCAUCUAUGAUGGACAUCGAAAAAAUCGAACAGUAUUACUAGGACCCUAUAACGAAGGUUCAAACGUGAAUCUAGUCUGUGAAGUUAUAGGAGGUCGCCCUAAACCAAAAGUGAUUUGGUUUUUGGAGAACACCAUCAUCGAUGAUUCAAGCGAAAUUCGCAGCGAUGGUACAGUUCUGAACCAUCUCACAUUUCCAAAUGUUGGCAGACAACAUUUACAUGCAAGACUGAUAUGCCAAGCCAGCAACAAUAAUCUCGUCCCUGCGGAGACGAAUGUAGCUAUAUUAGAUAUUAAUUUAAAACCUCAAACUGUAAAUAUUCUAACGCAAGAAAAAUUCGUAUCUGCUGAUAAACGAUAUGAAGUAGAAUGUAGAACAUCUGGUUCGAGACCAGACGCAAUCAUUACCUGGUGGAAGGGUAGCAGGCAGGUCAGGAGGGGGAAGGAAAAAAAUUUCUCGGAGCAGAACAAUCAGAGUUUGAGCAUUUUGACGUUCGUGCCGGUGAUCGAUGACGAUGGCAAAUACUUGACAUGUCGAGCGGAGAACCCGUCCAUCCCCGAUAGCGCCCUGGAGGACAAGUGGAGAUUAAACGUCCAUUAUAUUCCUGUUGUGAACCUUCGAAUGGGAACAUCCCUUAAUCCUGACGACAUUAAGGAAGGCGAUGACGUAUAUUUUGAGUGCUUAGUUCAGUCUAAUCCAAAGAACCAUAAACUAUCGUGGUUCCAUAACGGUCUAGAAAUAUUUCAAAACAACGCUGCAGGUGUGAUAAUGAGCGAUCAAAGCCUUGUACUUCAAAAUGUUGCUAGAUCAACUGCUGGGAAUUAUACGUGUAUGGCAACAAAUUUGGAAGGAAAGGGAAUCAGUAAUCCUGUCAAAUUAGUGGUCAGAUAUGCACCAAUAUGCGUUCAAGACCGCGAAGAACUCUACGGUGCUCUCAAACAGGAAACGGUGAUUCUCAGGUGUAGCGUUGACGCUCAUCCACCAGUGGUCGCUUUCCAUUGGACGUUUAAUAACAGCGGAGAUCAAAGUGACGUCCCACCGGAUAAGUUCACCAACGAAGUAACAUCUUCUAGGUUAAAUUAUACACCAGCUUCUGAUUUGGAUUAUGGAACGUUGCUGUGCUAUGGAGAAAAUGAGAUCGGCAAACAGAAGGAUCCGUGUAUAUUUCAAGUUGUUGUCGCAGGUCGACCUUCCCAACUACAAAAUUGUACAGUUAUCAACCAAACCUCCAAUUCCCUCCAGGUGGACUGCAUGGAAGGGUUCGAUGGAGGUCUGCCUCAAAGUUUCCUCAUGGAAGUACUUGAACUCCCAAACCUUCGGCCAAGGAUAAAUCUAACUACUUACAGAACACCUCCUACCUUCACAACGAACGGUUUGGAUGCGGGCGCGAGUUAUAGGAUCAUCCUGUAUGCCGAAAAUGCGAAAGGCAGGAGCGAUCCUACUAUUAUUGACCCCGUUACUUUUAAGGGAGUGGCUAAAUUACAAGGUUCAACUGCUUCUAUGCCAGUCAGCCCCCUACUCAUCGGACUUUUGGGUACCGCUGCCUUUUUAGCCACCGGUGUCUGUCUAGUGCUAGCCGCACUUUGUCGUCGACAUUUGACACAUUUACACAAUGGACGGCCGUGUCAGCGUCCCACAGAUAACGGCUCAAAGCACAUACCAAUGGAAGCAGUAAUAGCCGCUGAUGAUCUCAUAGUCGAUGGCUCAAUCACGGGCGUCCGAACCCCACUCACGCCCCAUACGGACCAGCCGCUCGUUGUGGAGGCGAUCCAGCAACGAGGAGCCUUGGAAGGAGCUGAUCCUGAUAUUAUUAGGAAUCAGUAUGAGAGGCGCCCUACAUAUAGCUUCAUGAAAGUUUACGAACCUCCUGAACCUAGAGACGACGAUGAUCUAGACGACGAAGGAGAGGAAUAUGACUUCCGAUACGUUGCCAAAGAAACUCCCCCUAUCCCCUCCAAUCAGACAUAUAUUUUUAUUAUUAUUAUUAUUAUUAAUAACGUAAAUGGCAUGAGAUUAUAA